AUGCGUUUCCCACGUGCUUUACCGCCCUUCGUGCUGUGGGGCGCAGUCUGCGCGUGUCCGACCCCGAGCCAGGACGCCAACAUCACUUCAGACGCCCCCCGGCUGCCGGACCAGGGACGCUGCCUCUUCAGAUCCAUCCUGCCGUCAAACACAGCUGUGCAGGUGCUGGUGUGCGUCUUCGUGGUGAUGACCGUCCUCUCGCUCAUCAUCAACGGCUGCACUCUGUUCAGCCUCGGCAGCUCAGAAGACUUAUCCUGGGAGCCACGCUUUGCGCUGCUGAAGAACCUCAUAGUGAGUGACAUCCUGCUCAUUGUAACCCAAGGUCCAACGGUUGUGUACUGUCUGCUGCAGAAGACCACUCUGCCCUAUGGCGCUUGGUGCAUCACUCAGUUCUUUAUUAACACUGUUUGUGUUUUCUGCACUAUUCUUACCAUCACCUGCAUGGCUUUGGAGCGAUACCUGUACGUGUGUCAGGCCAUCUACUACCUUAUUAUACUAACCACCAAGCGCCUUUACUUGAUAGUCGGGCUCACGUGGCUUAUUUCCCUAUCCUUAUCAGCAGUGAUCACUGCUUUGCUCGGUUUAAGCCACAAGAGCUCGCUGCUGGGAAAACCCAUAACGGGACUCCUCUGUGAACCGGACACCUUGGAGGCCCACCUUGGCUUUCCACGGGGCUCUGCUGUGUUUCGAAAAGUGGUCGGGCUUGUGGUGACGCUGCUUUGCAUCUGCUCCUACUCGUUCUCGUACCUGCGCAUGUAUCAGGAGGCGCGUAACGCCGUUCAGCCUUUCCAGCAGGUCAACAAGAGGGCACGCAAAACGGUGAUGUUCUACUGCUCCAUGCUGCUGCUUCAGCUGCUCCCCAUCUUCCUGAAGAUAGCCUCGGACGCCCUUUGGGAGCUCGAGGGCAACAUGGCGAUGUUCCGUUCGCUGGAUUACACUGGAGACUGGACAUCAGCAGGGACCCUGCACAUCAUGCUGCUGCUGCUGCUUCAGGUUCCUCCUUGCAUUAAUCCGCUCAUUUACGGUCUGCGCAACAGAGAGGUGAGGCAAGCUCUGCCCCGGCUGCUGUGGCUGAGGAAGGACAACCACUAAAUUCAAGAUGUUUCCAGGCACCUGGCUACCUGAAGAGAAACAGAGAAGAAGAGUGAGGUUUUCAUGGUUUAUUGUGAGAUUAUAACGCACAAUCUAAAACUUUAAUGCAAAACUGUAAAUCUGACCCAAAUGUAGUGUGCCUAUUGUUCAUAAAACAUGUCUGUACUUUGUCAUAUACUAUCAUGCUGUAAAACUGUGACUUCACCCAUGUUUAUAUAUUUUAUAUGUAUGAUUGCUUAAUAUCAAACACCUAUUUUGUUUUUUUGGUUUAUUUUUGACAAGAAGAGAAGUAAAUUAGAGUGAAUGUUACAGAUGCUCCACUUACGUUCACUUACCACACUGUUAAAAGUACUCGGCAUUCAACCUUAUGCAAACAUUCCUAAAGCUGUGUAAUAUCAUUCUAUUAACCUUCUUAAAGAUGCACUGUAAGCAGGCAUAGCAAAAAUGAGUAGGUGAAACAGCUUUCUGUACGCCAGAAUAACAGAUAUCAGGGUUUAACUGCAGGCGAAUACUGUAGCUUCAUAAAUGAAUACUUACAAGGGGAAGGAAAAACAUAUUUUACAUACGACAAAAAAGGGAAUUGU